ACACCCUGGCGGCCGUUGCUUGCAUACAACUACGUACAGUAUAAACAUAUGCUUGGGCCUGGAGUUGAGACGCUGGGUCGUAUCCAAGAAAGAGGGUUCUACAUCGUGACUGCAUCGGUAGAUAGACUCGACAUGUUGGCACCGCUUCACCCAGUUCGCGACCUUCGCCUAAGUGGCCAGGUUAUAUAUACUGGGAAGAGUUCGAUGGAAGUUGCGGUCAAGAUGGAAGCUCUCGGGGCUGAUAUGACGGAUGAAAGGACUUUGUUGCUCGGUCGGUUCUCAAUGGUUUGCAGAGACGCUCAAACACAUCGAGCUAGACCAGUCAAUCCACUGUCAAUAACCACUACAGAGGAACGUAGCCUAUAUAACAUGGGUGAAAGUUCAAAAAAGAGGAGAGCGUCGCUCGCUUUACGUUCACUUGACCGUGUGCCCCCAAGCUCGACCGAGGCCAAGCAGUUGCAUGACUGCUACCUGCAGUACGGACAGAGUAACGGCAAUCAUAUCCAGCAUCAAGAAGAGAAGGUGUGGAUGGGGGAUACGAAACUAGAAAAGACAAUGCUUAUGUUCCCGCAAGAACGCAACGUACAUCAGAAGGUUUUUGGAGGCUACUUAAUGCGCCUGGCUUACGAACUUGGUUUCGCUAAUGCCUCACUCUUCACUCGAUCCCAUGUUCGUUUUCUGUCGUUGGAUGGGAUAUCGUUUGCAAGACCCGUCCCAAUAGGUUCAAUACUUCGCUUGAGAUCACUUGUGCUACACUCUGAUACAAGUGGCGACGCCCCACCAGCAGUACAUGUUGCAGUGCUGGCAAACGUGGUGGACGUCGGCACAGGACAAGAGCAGACCACUAAUGAAUUCCGCUUCACGUGGUGUAGAGACGAUGGGAAACCGACGUCGAGAAAGAUUGUUCCCAAAACCUAUAGAGAGGCCAUGCUGUGGCUAGAAGGCAAGAGAGCUCUAGAAAUGGGCGCUCAGAUUAGAGGGCAGAGGGAAUCCGAUCCAAAGAGGUUGUAAAACUGGAAUAAUAUUUCUUAAAUCCCAGAACGUUGGACGAACCUGGUAUUUCCACAUCUUUGCUAUGCUACAUCUCUAGAAGAGAAGUUGCCUCGUCUACAUAAGCUAUUAGAAUAACUAAGUAUGAUAGUACCAAAUUUGAAGUAUAAGCUCUUAAUCUCGGACAAAUGCGAUCAUAACGCGUAGUUACAAGCAUCAGGUUGUCCGCGUUCUUUUUG